UAUAAAGCGUGGUGCGACAGUCACCGUGAAGUGUCACCAAACAUGAGGACUGUAGUCACUGUUUUAGUCCAGCUCUUCGCUGGGGUCUUCUGUGGGUCCUAUGAUUUAGAUUACCCCCCAACUCUAGGCUGGGGCAGCAACCUAGCCGCCACCAAACCCAGCGCCCCCAACGCCCCCAGCUACACCAGUCCAAGUAAAGCUUCCUACAACACGCCUGUACUCAUUGACCCCAGCCAACUAGACUUGGAUGAGUACCCAAUUUAUACCCAGCCUGCAAACUCCAACCCUAGAUACGACACUCUCUCUAACUCCAACCGAAUUCACAACAGUCCCUCCAACCCAAUUUACAACAGUCCCUCCAACCCAAGUUACAACAGUCCCUCCAACCCAAUUUACAACAGUCCCUCCAACCCAAGUUACAACAGUCCCUCCAACCCUAGCUACAACAGUCCCUCCAACCCAAGUUACAACAGUCCCUCCAACCCUAGCUACAACAGUCCCUCCAACCCUAGCUACAACAGUCCCUCCAACCCAAUUUACAACAGUCCCUCCAACCCAAGUUACAACAGUCCCUCCAACCCUAGCUACAACAGUCCCUCCAACCCUAGCUACAACAGUCCCUCCAACCCUAGCUACAACAGUCCCUCCAACCCUAGCUACAACAGUCCCUCCAACCCAAGUUACAACAGUCCCUCCAACCCUAGCUACAACAGUCCCUCCAACCCUAGCUACAACAGUCCCUCCAACCCUAGCUACAACAGUCCCUCCAGCGCCAGCUACAACAACGCGGCUGAAGUAGACGAGUACCCAGACUUUCUGGCCAAGAUGACGUACAACGCCAAGAACAAGACGGUCACGGUCUACGCCCCAAAGACCAACGAGGUGGACAAGAACGGGAAGACGAUUGAUCCGUUCUUUGGUGUUGAAGCAAUCGCUAAAACAGACCCAAGACUACCAAUUCUAAGCAAGAUUCCUAUGUUCAAAAAAUACUAUUCUUUUUCUGUUCCAUACAAACGAAGAUAAACCAGUCAACCAAUUUGUUUUUACUGUAUAAUAUUUUAAAAAUAUAUAUUAUAUUCUGCACACUAUGUUUCAUGUUAUACGGACAAAACUACGAAGUGAAUUUUAUUUAUUCGCUUUUCAUGAUUAAAAUUCAAUAAACAGUGACCUAAAAAUUAC